AUUAUAUUUCAUUUUUAAUGAAAUAUAGUAAAAAAAAGCAAAUGCUAUCAAAGGUAGAAAAAUCGAAUAAAAACCAAACGAUUGUAUCGUUGAGUUGCGACAAAUGUUUGUUCCUGUCGUUAAGAAAAAUAUUAAGGUGAUCCUUUGAGGAAAAAGGUUGAGAGGAGGGAGAAUGGAGAAAGACAACGUUAGACAUUAUAGGGCUUACGAGGGUUUUAAGCCUGCCAAUAAUGGCAAUACCUCGUCCCUUAAAAGAACAACAACGUCUACGACAACAACUACAACAACAAGCGCAUCUGAACAUCCUAAAACGUUACAUCCGUCUAGACAAGUAAGAUGUCUCUGUUUUGGUGGAAUACCAGACAAGGCCAGCCAACAAUCCUUCCUAAAGGGUUUCGCUAUAAACCUUGGUAUUUGUGCACUUAUGGUUGCCUAUACGUUAUUAGGAAGUUUCAUAUUUCUCGCUAUAGAAGGGGGAACCGAUAAUGUUGGAAUACAUCGAGCAUUGGCAACCAUUGCUGUUAGUCAACCUGCUAAAAGGAACACCACGGCAUGGUUAAAACAGGUUAACAAUGAAGCACGUGCAAAGACCGUUGAAAAUAUUUGGAUAUUAACCGAAAGUUUGAACAUUCUUUACCGUGAAAAUUGGACGAGAUUGGCUGCGCAAGAGAUCUCACGGUUUCAGGAUCAACUGGUAAAAAGGAUCACAGAGGACAUGAUGGCUACUCAGAAUACUGGCACGUACACUGGUAGUACAGGUGUUAAUGGUGAUAGUGUCACUGAAAGACGAAUUCCAGAGUACGAGUGGAACUUCGCUAAAGCAUUCCUCUACUCUCUAACAGUGCUAACUACCCUUGGUUGUGGUAGUAUAGCACCAAAGUCAACGUGGGGUAAACUGGCGACCAUGGGUUACGCAAGUCUAGGUAUACCCUUGACGAUAGUCUACUUGUCAAAUGCCGGAGGUCUGUUGUCCAGGUGCGCCAGGGGUGUUUUUACCAGGGCCCUUUGUUGCUGCCUUUGUUCGAACUGCGGCUAUUGUUGCUACGACGAGAGACGAAUGCAGGAGAAAGAGAGACGAAUGCGAAGAAAGAGACAACAAGAAGAAUUGGCCCAACAACAGCAACAACAACAAUUGCAAUUGCAAGAACCAUUUUACGUUCGUGCUAAUUCAUCGACGUUCACGAGUACCGUUGAAAUCAAAACUAGUCCGAAGGAUGAGGUAUCAAGUCUUGGAUCUGGUGAUAGACCAAAUGUUACCAUACUUGCACCAAUAAGUAUUUGUUUAGGAGCUAUGCUGUGUUACAUCGUUGCUGGAGCUUUUACUCUACAUAAAUUGGAUGGUUGGAGUUUCGUUGAUGCUAGUUACUUCUGCUUCAUGAGCUUAAGCACGAUUGGAUUUGGUGACAUGGUACCAGGUUCCUAUCCUCACAACAACAACAACAACAACAACUUAUCAUCGUCACGAAAUGCAACGAUUUGGUUCUGCUCCUGUUACAUAAUGUCCGGUAUGGCAUUGACGGCAAUGUGUUUCAAUAUUCUACACGACGAGAUAGUACAUCGAUUCUGUCAUCAAAAUGAUAAACAAGAACCGGUUAAGUCAAGCCCUAGCGUUGACGAAUUAUCAACCGAUCCAAAUGGCACGGAUGAGACAAAUGUAUGCGCUAACGAUCCACCAACCAACAUAUUCGCUCAUGAAAACGAGAUCAAUAUAUUGAAGGAUUCCUUUAAUCAGGUCGACGUUACCAGAGACUGCAAACCGAUCCUUAAGUUGGAGGAUCACGUGCCACAGAUCGCACCGGUUUACAUGUUACCAAAAGUCGAUGAGGAAACUGAGGAAAACACUGAAAUGUAGAAGUGAACACAUACACACGCAAAAAAAUAUACUUCAGUAUUAUACCUGUCACCAUGUUCCAAAUUUGUCUCUACUCAGUGAAAUUCCAUGAAUUUCCUAACUUUUGGGUAUAGUUACUACUAUAUGUGUCUGUCUAUCUGUCUGUCUUUCUUUCUUCUCUUUGCAAAAUAACAAAAUUGUUUAUACGUGUAUGAGAAAAAGAGAGAGAGAGAAAGAGAGAGAGAGUGAGAUAGAAAGAUAGAAAAAUAUAUAAAAGAUUUUUGAAGUAAGCCAAUAAUAUUACGAAGAAUUCGAGAUUCUUUAAAUUUCGAUCAAAGUGAAUUGUAUUGAACUGCUGACUACGUUAGUUUCAAUAGAAAUGCGUGUGUCAUGAUUUUUUCUCAAGCUAAGAAGAAUAAUGGUGGUGAUGGUGGUAGUGAUGGUUGGUAAUGAAUGGUUUAAGAAUGGGUUGAUUUGUAGAUGUUGACAACAUUUUUCUUUAUUCUGAUUGUGAAAAUAGAAAUGUCUAUAUGAACUUACGUCAAAAGUGAGACAUAAACAACAACAACAACAAAACUAACAAUUAUAUUAUAUAAUUAUAAAUAAGUUUGUGUGUUACGAUGAAUGAAAAUAUGCACGUUAAAUUUCGAAAUUCUUAUCGAAAUUGAACUAAUUAUUAAAAUUAAUUAUUCUACCUGUUCGAAGUUCGAAUGAAAUUAUGUUUAUAAUAUGAAUUCGAAUGAAGAAACCAUAAUUGAUUUUUGAAGUAAUGUGAGACAUGUUAAAGAUCGAAUAAACGUAAGAUUUGUGUAAUCCGUUUAUUUUAU